GAAGAGAUGUCAGCUCAGCUCAAAAGAUCUCCCCUGGCAGCGUUGGGGAUCUUCGUCUGCUUCGUCAGCAAUGCUCCUCCCGCCCUCUCGGCCGCCAUGCAGCGCCUCUUCCGAACGGCCUCUUCGUCGAUGGACGUCAGGGCAUGGCGUGGCGCCUUUGUGGACGCACUCAGGCAUCCUCCAGCGACGCUGAAGCGAAGGCGAAGACACCGGGAUCGCCCUGCGGCCUUCCUCAGAGGUGAUCUCGUACAACACACUGUCUGCUUUCCUGAAUCAAUGCAUCUACAGGCUGCUGUUUCCGUCGUGCAGGUAGCGCCAUGUCAUCUGUGGCGUCGGUCGGCGUGGCAGAUGCCGGUGCUGAUGCUCAUGUGAGCAUGUUGGGGCUCGACAGUGACAGUGACAGUGACCAUGAUCAUGAGGAUCUGAGUGUGGGCGACAGGGUGGAGAUCUUGGCGGGCAAGUACCAGGGCACUCACGGAGUCGUCCUGGACGUUGCCGACGGCAAGGUGAGUGAGAGUGCAUGGAUCAAUGGGUGGAUGGAUGGAUGGAUGGAUGGAAGCAUCAAGCAUCAGGUGACUGUCUGAUGGAUGCUUGGUGCUUUUAUCUCAGGUCCAGGUGCGUCGCGAUUGUCGGAUAAAGGAGGAUGGCAGUGUGCCGCCAGAGCUGCAGUCAGGCCACGAACGCACAUACAGGUACCUUGCGAAGGGUAGCAGCGACCCCAUUCACCCAUCCGUCCAUCCAUCAAUUUGUGUCUGCACCGGUGUGGUGGUCAGGUACCCUGCGCACCAGGUCCGGCUGGCCACAUCACAACCGCCUCAAGCAUUAUCCCCCGCAGCGGCGCCAAUCCCACCUCCCCCGUCACUAUCAGCCGCUGGUGAAGCCAGCUCCCUGCUGCUGGACGCCGUACCGUCGUCUGCCUCCCUCCCCUCCCAGCCAUCCUUGUCCGAUGACGACCCCUACGCCCACCUGCACGAUCUCUUCGACGUGAACCUGGGUCGGUCCAUCACAGCUCCCACCACCACGCCCAAGCCACUGCCUCCAGAGGCUGUGGCCGAGGGGCUGAGCAGGAAACAGGUACCGAUGCACUCACUCAGAGAGCGACAGACACUGAAAAAAAUUAAGGAUGGAUGGACCUUGUGUGCGUGCUGCUGGAUUGGGUGAGUGGACGCAGUGGCGUCAGGAGAGGAACAAGCGUCGGAAGAAGGAGCAGCUGGAUGAGCGCAGGAGGAGCCACCCCGACUUCUCUCCCCCCCUCCCACUCCCCCUCCCCCACGAUGAGGCCUCCCUCGGAGCCAGCACCCCGCCCCCAUUACGCGAGCCGCCUCCGGUUGCCAAGGCGGCGGUGCGCGAGCAGUACUCGUCGCCAUACGCUGAGACCGUGGGCGACCUCAACAACGAGCUUGACGACCUGCAAAGAAAGUACGUGACGUGUGUGAGGGAUGCAUCCAGGGCAAGGGCUAGAUGUUUAUGUCUGUUGUGUCUGUCAGUAUCGGUCGGCUGCUCAAGACACUGCGUCGGACAGAGCCUGACCCCUUCCUGUUCGAGUCGAAGCGCGAGGCGCUGAUGAAGACAUACCGGAAGGAGCGCAACAAGAUCCUCGCCGCAUACUUUGACCUCUCCAAUGUCAUGUUCGCACCCGGAGAAGAGCCGUGGGGGGAUGAAUGAUUGAAUGAUGGCAUUGCAAUGCUUCGAUAACACGUGUGUGACAAGUGGCGAAUGAGGGCCGGGCGGUCUUUCUCGUGCUGUGUUAUGUUGGGUCUGUACUGCACGCGCAUCUGUCUGUCUGGCAAGAGUCGGGCCUUUCGCGUCACGGAAGGCUGAAGGACCCUUGCCUCGGGAUAUUUGUGCGUGUAGAUCACACCACAACAUACCACACGUGGGCCAUUUAGGAGGAGGCGGCAGCUCUCAUUGCAAUGCAUAUCAGGACGAAUAGGCUCAGCAUGGGUUGACGGGUGUGAAUACAUGGACACAUCCG